UUUUCUCAAUAAAUAAUCUUGAUAUAAAUAAUCUCAAUAAAUCUUUAUGAAAAAAAUCAUAUUUAGUGAUGCUGAAGGGAAAUGAACUAACCACGUGACCGUUUAUCGUUCAUCCUAAUUGUUGAUUCAGCCUUCAAACCGCGAUAUAAUUAUAAAGUUCUUUCUUCACGAUCGUAAACAAGUAAGUGCGAAGUUAAGUGAAUAUAUGAGGGACUACAAAAUUUUUUAAACCGACAGCGGCGUUAUGUGAAACUAUACAUAUGGCAUUAUUCGAAUUCUUCGUACUUGAAGAUCGAAAGAAUUUGACACUUUUGAAUCUCGGAUGGUACAGAUGAGUAUAUCAAAGAGGUACUCGAUGCUGCUGCUGGCAUUAGGGUUGAUUUUCACGCAAUCGUCUGUCGGAGCUUUACCACGAGAAGGUACAUAUUUUGCACGAUCGAAUGUUUCGUCCGAACUCACCGGGACGUCUUCCAGUCACAGUAUUUCGGUCAUCAGGAUCUUGUCCGAUGGACGAUUGGAACGGUUCAUCCGGUGGCCCGGAGCUUGCGUCAAGGAAAUCAUUAUCAAUUGGGGAAAUACAAAUGUGACACUGCGACAAGUCUGGCUUCGUAAGUCAAAUAGAAAGCUGCAAUUGAUAUAUGCCGGUGAAACAUUGACUGACUGCAUUGACGAGAAGCUCGCGUGGUGGGACGACAGCGAGUGUUUACCCAGCUCUCGCGGUGUCUAUCGCUAUCACGAUGACGGUGACGAGGUGUCGAUCGAGGUGUUCCAACUGGACGGUAAGGACAUUUCGAGGAUACCCCGUGACCUCUCUUGGCUGCUGUCGACAUCGGAGCUUCGUCACCGAUGUGAUCGCAUGAGAAUGCGAAUACGAAGCCAAGCCGUGGCCCAAUAUCGACAUAGGAAAUACGCAAAAUCGACGAACGCGACAGCAAAUAAUGGAAAGCAAAGUCGAAGUCGGAAUCGGAUUCGAAGAGAAUUAUUCAUGAUACCAGGAACGCAGUGGUGCGGUCGCGGUGACCGUGCUACCAAGUAUACCAAUUUGGGCGGCUUCGGUAUGGCUGAUGCCUGUUGCCGAAAACACGAUACAUCUUGUCCUUUUCACAUACCGGCCUUCGAGACGCGUUAUGGCGUUUUUAAUUGGAGAAUUUCGAGUAUGAUGCAUUGCGCUUGUGACGAGCGAUUUCGCACAUGUUUGAAAAUGGCUGGGACUGCAUCGGCGGAUUUUAUAGGCAAAAUCUUCUUCGACGUACUCCAAUCAAAGUGCUUUAUUCUAAAAUUGCAGAAGGUAUGCGUGAAACGGUCCUGGUGGGGUAAAUGUCAACAUCAUGAAUAUCGAAAGCAGGCCUACGUACGAGAUAAUGUUCCUUACUAAGGGUGUACAGCGUAAGAGAUCGUUAUAAAGAAAUAAUGAAGUAUUCUUCUUCCGAGAUGUCAAUAGCAAUUCUCAGGGAUGUAAUAUUUUGUCGAAUACUUAUAAUAUGUCAAGAAAAACACAAAGAAGUCGAUUAGAUAAAUCACGAAAUUAUAUCACCAAAGAUUGACAAUACAUACAUCAUAAUUCGUAA